ACACACACACACACACACACACACACAGAGCAUUAGCAGCUACGUCACACAUUGGGAAUGCAGUGAGGAUCUGCGGCUGCUGCUAAAGGCCUGAGGAUCCGUCACAAAAUGAGACUGAAUGGAAGAGGAGAGUCACUGUAAAGGUACUGUAAAAGCCUGCUAUGUCUGGUCCCACCUGGCUUCCACCAAGGACUCUGGAUAGCCCGGAGCGAGCCGUCCCCCAGAUGUCCCACUCUGCAGGGUCAGCGAUCUAUAGAGCCCCCAUCAAGAAGGGGAUGUCUGACUUCCGGCCAAAGUAUGGACCCUAUGACCAGAACGGAGGAGGAGGAGGAGGAGGAGGAGGAGGAGGAGGAGGAGGAGGAGGAGGGAUGGCCAACAGAUACAUGGCUACUGGUCCCACAGGUGGGCCAAUUCAUCACUCGUCUAACGAUCACUACUACACCCCUCCCCACGGUUCCAAAGAAGAUCGCAACUGGAGCCCACACAUGGACAGCUACGAACUCAUGCAUCGUGGUCCUGACAAACCAGCGAACUAUCACUCCAAAAUCGAUGCGGAUAUCGACUCCCUCACCAGCAUGCUGGCUGAUCUAGACAGCCACCCGCAGGACUCCAGCACACAACUGUACGACAAUGUGCCUUACAACAAAUACCUCUCAGGGGAUCACUACCAGCCUGCACACCAGAGCGCAGCCCCUCCUCAGGCACGGCCCUCUAUGGGCUACCCACCUCACCCCCACGGCCAAUACCACUCAUCACCCGCCUAUCCCAACGAGCAUCAGUCCACUCAGUACUCCGCCUCCUCCCACCAGCAGGACUACUACUCCCCCUCCUCGACCCCUAAGCCCUACCCUCAGCCUGUCCCGGCCUCCUACACCACCGCCUCCACCCCCACCGGGCCCAGGUUCAGCGUGCAGGUCAAGACCGCUCAGCCCGUCACCUACUCCCAGUCUGGUAGACAGGCAGAGCAGGCGUACACGCCUCCGCCUCCUCGCCAGCACGUGUCGCGACCCCCGCCUCAGACUCAGACAAGUCAGCAGGGCUGGUACCCUUCUCAUGCCGGAUCGCAGGCUCAGGAGAUGCACUCUGAGGGGGGGUACAAGGGAGGAAGAGUGAACCAGGUUCCAAUGACCAAGCGAGGGAUGGAAAGUAAUCAUACAGGGUCGGGGCCAGCUCAGAGUCCGGCUUAUCAGUCCAAUAAGCAGGGGUUGGCAACAGCCAGACCUGAGGAAGAGUUGGACCGGCUCACCAAGAAGCUGGUAUAUGACAUGAACCACCCCCCUGUAGAGGACUUCUUUGGUCGCUGUGCCCGCUGUGGUGACAACGUGGUCGGUGACGGCAGUGGCUGUAUCGCCAUGGAGCAGGUGUUCCACGUGGAGUGUUUUACCUGCAUCACAUGCCACGCCCGUCUCAGAGGGCAACCGUUCUACGCCCUCGACAAGAAGAGUUACUGUGAGAGCUGUUACAUUAGUACAUUAGAGCGCUGUUCAAAGUGCUCUAAGCCCAUCCUGGACCGGAUCCUGCGGGCCAUGGGGAAGGCGUACCACCCUCGCUGUUUCACAUGUGUAGUCUGUAACUGCUGCCUGGAUGGAGUACCCUUCACUGUGGACGCAACGUCUCAGAUACACUGCAUAGACGACUUCCACAGAAAGUACGCACCUCGUUGUUCAGUGUGUGGGGAGCCCAUCAUGCCUGAACAGGGUCAGGAGGAGACCGUGAGGAUUGUAGCUCUUGAUCGCAGCUUCCAUGUUAACUGUUACAUCUGUGAGGAAUGUGGUCUCCUGCUGUCCUCUGAAGGAGAAGGUCGAGGCUGUUACCCGCUUGACGGCCACAUCUUGUGCAAGAGCUGCAGCGCUCGCCGCAUCCAGGACCUCUCGGCCAAAAUCUCCACCGACUGCUAACAAACCCCUUCACAUCGGCUCCGCCCCUUCUCAGCCCUCCCACCCUUUUCAUAUCCACAAACAGUGGACAGUUAUCUACAGAAAUAGAAACCCUGCUGUGCUCUACUUUUUCCCUCUUCUUGGUUGCUUUGAUAAUGAGCGACAUAAACUUCACUACAGCGCCCUCUGUUGGGGUCAAUCUGCAAUUGAAUUUGCAGAGAAGCAAUGCGUUACAGAUUUAAAAGAGCAAUUGAGCUCUGAAGAAGCAGCCACUAGACUUUUUUUCUUCAAUUCAGAAGUCCUUCUACAAUUCUUUCUUCCUUUUUUUUUUCUGUACACAGCAGCUCCAUCUUUCAUGUUUAGUUCAGUGUUAAUACGACAGUGGCCUGACCUGCAGGCAGCUUGGGCUCCAAUCCCCAUUUCUCCACACCGGUACUGCUCAACGAUUAGCUUGCACAUUCUUAUCACUAUUAAAGACAAUGAAAGAAUCAAAAGGGUUUCAUAGGUUUAGACCUGAAAAUGAGGGAUUUUUGUUUUUGCAGAUAAGAGGCACAGAUGAUAGCUGGGAUGAUGGCUUGUAGAAAAAAAAUGUGGAUUUGUACAGAACUGCCUCAAAAGGAGCAUUGAAAAAGCACGAAAUGGAACAACUGUGACUGUACAUAACAGGCGGGUUCCCAACUGGAAAGCAUGUAGCGGCUAGCGCAGGGAAGUAGCCUCAUAGCACGAGGAAUGUAGACGAAAAGGAAUGUGUAGUUACCUGGAACUCUGUUACUUUUUUUUCUUUAGCUUUAACUACACACUAGUACAAUAUUUGUUAGGAGAAAAAAAACUCAUUUUGACAUAAAUAUAAACAAACCUUUUUCUUUUUUUUUUAUCUUAAUAGCAUUCAUGAAUGUCUACGUCACGUUUGGUUGAUACUUGACUGUUACAUUGAAGUUGAUGGUGCAAUGAAGUCAAACAUUUUUAUUCUGUUUAAAGGAAAUCAGGGUGUAGGUCACUGAUGUGGCUUCUUAAAAAAAAAACAUCCUAUAAUAUGAAGCUUGAGUCCCGUGAAGAGUUUAUAAAUGUGCCAUUUGGGGAAAGUGAAGUUCUACUCAAUUCAAGCAGAUAUUGGCUUCAUUUAUGAGCUUUACACUUUUUACAAACUGUUUAUUCUGACUUAAAAGUGGAAUUUAAUUUGUGACUAUGAACUCCAACUCUUCGCUUAUGGAUUAGAUUUUUGCUCUUUCUUGCACAAACGUGGGCCAAGUGGUCAACUUUGGAGCGACAGUAUUUGUUAUGAUUGUGUUUAACCGCCUGUUUCUCCGUCCGUUUUUUUGUUGUAUUGAUGUACCUGAAAGGGCUAGAAACGUAAAAGCCUUACCUCAAGGAUGUCGUUGAGUUUCAUAAUAAUAAUCUUUUGUGUGUGACAGAUUUGAUCGUGCUAAAAACUGCCUUCAUCUGUUAAUUUAUCUCAUAUUGUAUAUAUUCACUAUUUACAUUAAUCUGCUUUUUUUUUCUCCCGUCAGUUAUCAUUUCAUUCAUGAUUAAUGUGUCAUUCUUAAAAAAUCCUCACUCAUGCCAACUCUUGUGUCAUACUCCUUGAAUCAUGUCCUUCUUCUUUCCCCGUCAUGAUUCGUCCUUCAUUAAUAAUCGAUCCUUACUGCGUGUUCAGUUUGAAAUGCUGUGAAUUGGAGCUUGUAGAUCAGCAACUGUGGUACUGCAGCAGACGUGUGUUUGUGCUGAUGAAUGAAGAAGAAGUAAAGGAAGGUAGUUACUUUAAAUAAAGAGAGAGCAACUAAACACGGAGGGAUUUUCUCCUAAUGUAACAGAAUUGAUUAUUAAAAAGUCAACAAGU